AUGGCCUACAAAAAGAUUUUGCGCUCCAUCAAGUCUCGGUGUGGGAAGCGCCUUACGCGCGGGGAUUUCGCUCUCACCAGCGAUGCGCUCGUGCUAGCCGUAAGAGACAGCCGUCCCAAUGGCAGUGCCCGCGCGACGUCCGCCGUACCGGAGUUGGGCGGCGACGGUGCUGGCGAUGGUGGCGGUGGGGAUGCUGGCGAUAUCGUCGCGGUUGUAGAGCUGUGUCUUCGUCAACCGGAUGGCUGGUUGCCCAUCAACGGGCCAUUUGUGCCAAUGACGGGGUGGGAGCCAUACAUGUGCAACCUUGCCGUUACCGAAAAAUACCGAGGGAAUGGGUACGGCAAGCAGCUGGUGCGACUCUGCGAAGGCGUGGCCAAAAAGCAUUGGGGUUAUGAACGUAUGUACCUCCACGUGGACGCUGCGAGUCCCGCGGCGACAAGCCUCUACUCGUCGAUGGGGUACGAGAUCAUGGAGCAGUUCCAGCCGCCAUCGUGGGUGAAGAAGCUCCUUGGAUUGCGGGACAUUCUGUAUCAAGUGAAACACUUCAACGCGAAAAGCACGCCGGCGUGA